UCGUCGUCGUCGCCGUCGUCGUCGUCGUCAUCGUCGUCGUCGUCGUCGUCGCUGUCGUCGUCGUCGUCGUCGUCGCCGUCGUCGCCGUCGUCGUCGUCGUCGGUCGUCGUCGCCGUCGUCGUCAGCGACAACAUUGUACGCAGCCAGUGGUACCAGCAUACGCAAGUACCACGACCUUGCACGACGUACACCGUUACCGCUUCGGAGCUAAAAGGAAUAACCGAUACCCGCCGUUGUUCUGUCGCAUACAUGCCACUUGAAAAGAAAAUAUCAAGAAAUAAGAAAAUCCAAGAUCUAUCGCCCCGGUGGCUAGAACUAGGAUAACUCGCAGGCAAUUCAUAUAUGUGCCGAUACGCCACGAGCACGUUCCUCCGUGCAGUGCUUGCGCAAAGG